CAACACAACUAUAAUCCAGCAGAAACGGUUUCCUCCAGCAUGUCGGACACAGCCGAGCCCCUCCCACCCAGAGAGACGCUGGACGCUCCUCGUGAUGAGGUCCCCCCCCCACCACCACCGUUAUACACCCCCAAAGGACAGCAACCUCCACCCUACGCUGCCGCCCCGGAACUGUGCCCUCCACCCAAAGCCGAGACGACCUGCAUCUACCAACCCACCACUGGGUACGAGUCUUUCCGGGACAUUUCCCCAGAAGCCUCGUCGGACACGACUCCACUGACGGCCUCGUCCUCUUUCGAGGACAAGACUGUGAGACGGGCGUUUGUUAGAAAGGUGUUCUGCAUCCUGACUCUCCAGCUGCUGUUCACCUUCAGUGUGGCGUGUGUGUUCACCUUCUCCAGCGUGGUCAAAGACGCGGUGCAGACCAACCUGGGGGCGUACCUCAGCUCCGUCUUCAUCUUCAUCGUGGUCGCCGUGGCCCUCAGCUGCUGCAAGUCCGUCAGUCGACGGCACCCCUGGAACAUCGUGGCGUUGGUCGUGGUCACCCUGAGCUUGUCGUACAUGGUGGGAACCAUCGCCUCCUUCCACGACACCAGAGCGGUCGUCAUCACUUUGGGGGCCACGGCGGCCAUUACUGUCGCAAUCAUCUCAUUCUCUGCUCAGACUCGUUUUGAUUUCACUAUUUUCUACGGUGUUCUGCUGAUUCUGGCGGUGGACCUGGUCAUGUUUGGGUUCUUCUGCACCUUCUUCUCCUCCUACAUCGGUGAAGUCGCCUACGGGUGUCUGGGUGCUCUGCUGUAUUCGAUGUUCCUGAUGGUGCACUGUCAGCUGAUGAUGGGGAUGAUGAGCCACCGUCUGGAUCCGGAGGAAUACAUCAACGCUGCUCUCAUGAUCUACCUGGACGUCGUGCUCAUCUUCCUCUUCCUGCUGGGGAGGAGGUGAAACUCAAACACAUGGACACACAGACGGACUGGCACUCCAAACUGUCCUUAUUUUAUAUACAGGACUGUCUCAGAAAAUUAGAAUAUUGUGAUAAAGUUCUUUAUUUUCUGUAAUGCAAUUAAAAAAACAAAAAUGUCAUGCAUUCUGGAUUCAUUACAAAUCAACUGAUAUAUUGCAAGCCUUUUAUUCUUUUAAUAUUGCUGAUUAUGGCUUACAGCUUAAGAAAACUCUAAAAUCCUAUCUCAUAAAAUUUUAAUAUUUCCUCAGACCAAGUAAAAAAAAAGAUUUAUAACAGCUGAGUGUUUGUCAAGGCUCAGGAAACCCUUGCAGGUGUUUCGAGUUAAUUAGACAAUUCAAGUGAUUUGUUUAAUACCCUACUAGUAUACUUUUUCAUGAUAUUCUAAUAUUUAGAGAUAGGAUAUUUGAGUUUUCUUAAACUGUAAGCCAUAAUCAGCAAUAAAUCAGAAUAAAAGGCUUGCAAUAUUUCAGUUGAUUUGUAAUGAAUCCAGAAUGCAUGACAUUUUUGUUUUUUUAAUUGCAUUACAGAAAAUAAAGAACUUCAUCACAAUAUUCUAAUUUUCUGAGACAGUCCUGUAUACAUAUAUAUAAAAAUAGAUAUUUCUAAAUGUAUAUAUAUAUAUAAAAUAUAUAUAUAUAAUAUAUAGAAAAUAUAUUUAAAAAUAUAUAUAUUUUAUGUUUAUAUAUAUAUAAAAUAUAUAUAUAUAUCUCCUGUGUUAAACUGACAAUACUAAAUAAACAAAACAAAAAAUCUAUAUCAAA